UGGAUCUGCGACAGAGAAACUAAUGUUGUGGGAAACAUUUGUCACUACAUCGUUUUUUUCCCAAACAAUGCAUCGUGCUAUGAUAGUUUAGCCACAAGUUACGUCGUUGUUUGGGAAACACACCCCUGCUCGAUUUUACAGUGUACAGUAUUGCGCAGACUGACUAAUAAUAUCUGUUUCAUAAAUGACAAUUAAAUAAAUGUUUAUUUUAAUGUUCCUAAAGCAGCAGGAUGUAUACCUACAACUAAGCCACAGUGUUACAAAAAAUCAACUAAUCCAGACGAUGACUUUUACUGUGAAUGGGAUGAUCCAAAUCCUAAGGAGAACCAGACCUACACCCUUUAUAUAUGGGACAGUGGAAAGAAAAGUGUUUUGUAUAUGAACACUGGCAAUCAGUCAAAAAAAUUCAUUCCCUUGGAGGAACUGGGGGUCAUCAGUAGCAAGACAGAUAUAUGGGUACAGACACAAGUGCGCAACCUCACCUGUAAUUCAAGCAAAAUCUCAGUCAUCCUUAAUUGCUCAGUCAAAUACAGUAAACCUAACAUUGCCAGCAUGGAAAGGUCAGCUGGAAACCUGUUUCUCAGUCUGGAUGAACCAAAGGAUAAUAAAAGCGUUAUAUAUGAGAUUAGAUGGAGGGAGAGAGGCUCUGAAUGGCAGAAUGCAACAUUUGAAACUAAGGAGAACACUUACAAAGAUUUAUACACACUACAUCUACACAACCGGACCGUCUACCAGAUCCAGCUGAGGCGGCAGGCCAAACUACACUCACUUCAGUGUAAUGACUCACAUUCUCUAUGGAGCGACUGGAGCGCACUGACGGAUAUUCCCUUAGAAAUCCACGUUCCACCUGUAUUACACUUGGAGGAAAAAGUAUGGUCAAAUGGUACCAGGGAUAUUAAAAUCACCUGGGCUGCCACAUCUGCAGAAGAGACUAUUGGAGGUGUGACUUACAAUAUGAACCUCUCUGUUUGGUCUUGUGGAAAACCCAAGAGAAUUCAACUCUCGACUUUGAAUCAAACAUUUGACAUCUCAGUAACCUAUUCAAAUGCCAGCAUUUCUAUAAUUGCAACUAACAAGGUUGGAAGAUCAGCACCAAAGAAGAUCAUCAUUCCUCCUGUGAAACAUCGAAACGAAUGUGUCACUUUCACAAAUAUCACCAAGGCUAAGAAAAGAUGCUUAGAAUGGUACAAGAUGGAAGACGGCGAGAUCCUGCCGAACAGUGUGAAAAAAUCCAAAGAUAAAUUGAUCAAGCACAUUAAAAAUGAAGUGCAGAAGUUUGUACGUCAUUAUUACAUUCUCCACAUUUUUAGCAAACAACAUCAAACUGCUGAGAUGUGUCCCUUUUACUCAAUUGAAGGAGCACCUAUUAAAGGUCCAGGCGGUGUUAAUACUACUGAUUUGACGCAUGAAUCAGUGGUGCUGAACUGGCGUCACAUUCCUAUGGCUGAGCAGCGAGGAUUUCUAAAGCAUUAUAUCAUCUGGAUAUCUGGACAUGGAAAAACAAAACUCCAUAAAGUCCCAGCAGAUAAAACCAGCUUCCUGAUCAAGAAUCUCCACCCAGGGACCUCUUACACCAUUUCUAUAGCUGGAAAAACAAUUGCUGGCAAAGGGCCAAACACCACGGUCAACACUGAAACACACUCAAAAGAAAAAGGCUUAUCAUGGCAGGACCAGACCAUCCUGAGUGUCUGCGUGGUUGCCUUCUUGUGUACAUUCAUCUGCUCUUUUGCUGCCAGGAGAUUUAAGCGUAAACUGUGUCCUGUUGUACCGAGUCCUGUGGUUGAUGCGGCAGAAUUCAUAUAUCCACAAGAUCAGCAGGACCUGAGCCAGAUUACAGAAGAGGUGCAUGAAUUUGUUCUCCUGCUGCGUCAAGAACUCAACAAAUCCACAGAGAAUGUGGCUCCCGGACAGAGCACUAUACUGCAAAACUUUGGGCUUGUCGUUUUUGAAGAGGAAGAGGAGGAAGGUGAGGAGGGUGAAGUUACUGACUUAAGCUUUAUGAAAUCCUGUUUCUAUCCAAAUCCCAGUUACAGAGGAAAGACGCUACAGCUGCCAGAGAAUUUCCACUUAACAGAUAGUCCUAUAAAAGAGAAUGACACAGAGUCCACAUACAGAAAUGGCCUGUUCUUUGAAACUAAAGUUCAGGAGUGUGACAAAACGUCACUAUAGUCAUGACAAAAACCGUCUGGCUUUGUGUGUAAUGAGUACUGAUAACGAUCAACCUGAAACAAACCUCCUCAGUCUGCUGUGUGCGUGUCUACAGCUACUGUGCAGCCACUGUAGUUAUGGUUUAUUUAGCUUUUAUCUUCAUUUGUUUGUGCCCUUAAAGUGCACCUGAGAGAUAUGACUGGAAAAAACCCAGUUCUGAGAACAGCGAAUGAUUCUCAGCAGUUACUGAGGUCACAAACACACCUCCACUUUAACGCUUUGUUGUGGUCAGUGACGUCAAAUUCUCAUUCUGUCUAAGUAUAAAAGCCUACAGCUUAUUGAUGUUUUUAGUAAUAGUGUUACAGUUAUUGUGCAAAUAACAGCUAGGUACUCUUUAGAAGUUUGGAAAUGUAUAGUUUCACUUAUCAUAGUGAUUACAUUUCUGAAGGUGGAGACCUUUAAAUUGCAAUGGAUUUCUGUUUUUUAAAGAGAUGGUUCAAAGAAUUUGUCAUCAUUGACUUACUUUUCACUUGUUCAAAACCUAUUUGUGUUCCUUUUAUUAUGUGUUGAACACAAAAUAAAAUAUCUAAUUGGCAUCUAUUGAGAUAUUACUAUUAUGUAUUUCUUAGGAAGUCGAUGGCAACCAACAUUCUUCAAAAUAUCUUCUUUUGUGUUGAACGGAAGAAUGAAACUCAAUAAGGUUUAAACUGUAUGACAGAGAGUAAAUAGUUAUGAAAUUUUAAAUUUUGGAUGAACUAUUUAAAGGUGCAGUAUGUAAGUUUUACACCCAGUGGAUGAACUAGAUAUUACACACCUAGUUCAAAACACAUGCAAGCACAGGUUGCCAGAUUGACAAUUUACAGCAGUGACUGACAUUCGAGCCUAAAGGCUAAUUUCAACCAUGUUGUAACUAAAAGCAAAGGCACACGAUAGAAAGAAAAUGUUCCAUAUUAAAAGGAGCUUUUGUCCUAACCAACACUUUAAACAACUGAAAACAACAGAAA